GUAUCCAUCAGGAGGUUAGACUAUUCACCUUGGCCAUUUAAAUCUGAACAAACAGUCUCUGUAGAGAUCAUUUACGAAGAGGUUAAAAAAAAGGCAAAUGAAUCCAGUGGUGGUCUCAGUGAAGAAGAUGACAGUGACAGCGAUGCCAUAAGUAAUCAUGACUAUACAAAGCGUGAUAUCAUAAGUAGAGUACCUCGCUCCUCUGACACGCCAAAUGCAUUUGUGCAGUACUCUACAAAUAGUACAUGUGAUGACAGCAGCAGCCAGGCAAGUGAAAAUCCAGACGCUGACCCAGAAGAUUUUGAAGAGCAUGAGGCGGACAUUGAAGAAGACAAAGACACAAGUAGUGAGUUACUUAAUCCUUUCUCUGAGGUAAAUUGUAACUAUUCUUCUAGGCGAAGGAACAGUGCUUGCUUUACUAUUAACUUAGAAACUGUGCUGUUGGGAGCCUCUGAAGAGAACAUGGAUAGUUCUGCAGCUCUUCUUUCUUCCCGAGAAGAUACAGUUGACUGGCAAUGUACUCAUGCUUUUGAAGCAAAACUCCUGGAUGACACAGAAAGUGUGCAGAAACCACGCUGUGCUAAUGGCUCCUGUGAAUGGCAAAAUUCUUCUCGUUCUUCUGCUGAAAGUGACUCAUCAGAUUCAGAUACGGACCAAAAAACUGAAUACAUAAGAAGAUGA